AUGCCUACCGAGAUUCGUGACAUAGAGACCGUCGAUAAGGACUCAUUCACCUACCUAUACCAACAAAACGUUACAAUCCCACUCAGAUCCAGCGAGGGCAUCGUACGUUGCAAUGUCUACAGACCCAAAGGGAGCGAGGCUUGCCCGGUGCUUAUGACCUACGGUCCCUAUGGGAAGGACAUACCGUAUGCAGACUUCCACCAGAAGUCAUACGCAGAGGUGAAUCCCGAACACAAGUCGGAGCAUUCAUGCUGGGAGACGCCGGAUCCUAAGUACUGGACCGAUCAUGGUUUUGCAGUCGUGCGUGUCGAUGAGAGAGGUCUGGGACAGUCUCCAGGUGUGCUGGACACCAUGUCGCGGGGAACCUGUGAGGCCUUCUUUGAUGCAAUCGAAUGGGCAGCCGAGCAAUCGUGGUGCACAGGCAAGGUCGGUCUCCUUGGGAUCAGCUACUACGCAGGUAGUCAGUGGAGGGUCGCGGCACUGCGACCAAAGGGGUUGGCCGCAAUUGUACCUUGGGAGGGAAUGAGUGAUUACUACCGUGACAGGUGUCGUCACGGAGGGAUCCUGGCAGAUGGAUUCAUCAAGUUUUGGUGGAAUCGGCAGGUCAUCACGAACCAGUACGGACGACCAGGACGUAAGGCCAGCAAUUGGGGCCCAGACACGAUCGAAGGCGAUCUGCCGGAACAGGAAUUGGCAUCCUUACGAAACGAUCAGAAUGUGGACAACUUUGCAAACUCCUUCCGCAAUCAGCCAUACUAUGCAUCCAAGGAAUACAACCUGGCAGAUAUUGAGGUGCCGCUGCUGAGUGUUGCCAACUGGGGUGGGAUACUGUUACAUCUUCGUGGCAACAUCGAAGGCUUCACUCACGCUGGAUCCCGUCACAAGUUCCUGCGUUGUAUCGUUGGCCGCCACGAUCUUCCCUUCUACUACCACGACGAAGUCGAGAUCCAACGAAGCUUCUUGGAUGCAUUCUUGAAAGGGGAUGAUCGAGCCGGGUGGUCGACGGGCAAAGUACCGCCUGUGGAUAUGGUCAUUCGUCAAGGUGACCUUGGAUUCAAUGACCCUGCGAGUGAGCGGAAGUUCAUUCGGCGUACAGAGACUGAGUGGCCGAUUGCUCGCACGAAAUAUACCAAAUUCUUCCUCUCUCCAUCCGCAGAGCUCCUGCAGCAUGCUCCAAACGAACAGCACGUCAGCCGAUUGAGCUACCACGCUCUGGGCAGCAUGCAAAGCCAGCAGCUCAUCUCCUUCAGCACGCCCGCGUUCGCCAAUCAAACGGAGAUGACUGGGCACAUCACUGCGCACCUGAACGUGUCUGUCACAGCAUAUGUCGGCAAGUCUCUGCCCUCGGAUAUCGACCUGUUCGUGACUCUUCGACAUUUCGCCGCCAGUGGAAAAGAAGUAUUCUACACCGGCACUGCAGGCGACCCGGUACCGCUCUGCAAAGGCUGGCUGCGGGUCUCGAUGCGCAGGGUGAACACGUCACAUCUGCGGCACAGAGACUACCUGCCAUACCGCGAUUACUUCUCAACAGAUGUCCUGCCGGUCCUUCCUGGCGAGGUCUAUCCGGUAGACGUCGAGGUCUGGCCAACGAACGUGGUUCUGGAGCCUGGUGCUCGGUUGGUCUUUGAGGUCGCGAGCGGAGAUACCCAAGGCAGUGGGAUCUUCACACACAGCGCGGAUCGUCCCGUGGAGGUAUUUGGGGGCUGGAAUCAUUUGCAUUUUGGCCCACGAUGGGAGAACUACGUGGUUCUGCCAAUCAUUCCGGAGAAAUAG